AUGCCGAACCAGAACUUGACAAAUCAUUCUGCAUUCUCUCUUGAAUGCUUCAAUCUGGACAUUAAUUUAGAGACAACAAAAACACUGCUCGUCGCGCACAUUUUAACAUCGAUCAUCAACUUUCUUUCAUCUCUUUCGGCUGUGAUUGGUAAUGCAGCCAUAAUUUUCGCGGUAUGGAAGACCCUGGCUCUUCAAACGCCUUCGAACAUUUUUCUCUGUUGUUUGGCGUUCAGUGACUUUACCGUUGGCCUGCUCGCUCAACCUGCUUUUGUCGUCCACAAAAUCGGCGAAAUCUCCAAGAUUUUCAACAUAUACUGCACGACCAGGAUUCUCUUAGAAUCCCUCGGGUUUCUAACGGCUGGAGCUUCGGUUUGUACCAUGACAGGCAUUGCUAUCGAAAGAUAUCUAGCACUCUACCUACAUUUGCGUUACAGGCAAGUGAUUACCACAAAGCGGAUACUUGGUGUUGUUGUGUUGAUUUGGGCCUUUUAUAUUUUGUUUGCCGCGUCUAGGUUCUGGAUUGCAAAUGACACAAUUUUUAACAAUAUCUUUAUUUCAAUAAUACUUGCUAACUUAAUUUUAUCAUUCCUGGCCUACGCUAAGGUUUUUAAGUACGUUAAGCGACACGAGAAUCAGAUAAAAGAGCAAAACACAGGUCGCCCAGAGUUUGGUGCGGUAAAUCACCGUUUACUCAGGAUGAAACGUUACAAGAAGUCUACCCUGACAAUGUUAUACAUCAUUGGAAUCUUCAUUAUCUGCUAUAUACCUUUACUUUGCGUCAGAAUUCUUUACAGGACGGAAGGCUAUACCGCAAAUGUAAAGACAGCUAAUCUUUAUACCACCACAAUCGUGUUCCUGAACAGUUCAUUGAACCCAAUGGUUUAUUGCUGGCGUAUUUCUGAUAUCCGUAGUGCAGUCAAAGAAAUCUGUUUGCGCCAACGUUUUAGAUGGAAAAGUGAAGUUGUCGUUUUAAAAUCAAGCGCAGAAUUUCCUCGAAGGUCUAGAAUUAGCAGUUUAAACAUUACGCGCGCCUCAGUUAGCGUAAUGCCUCAUUUUAAUGGGUGAUAGCAAUAGCUCGGACAAAAAAAAACAUUUCGCUAUGACGGAAGUACGAGACUCAAAAGUAAAAGUAUUCAUUUUGCAAGGCAAAGAGCCCGAGUAGUCUUGAAGUUUUUGAAUUUUAACAAUAAACUAGAGUGACAGAUCUUCCUUGUGUAAUAAAAUUGUGUCCUUGUUUGCGUAAGUUAAUUUAAAAAUUCGACAGUUUGAGAUUCCACUUUAAAAGUAGAUUUCUUUUUUGUUAAAAGUGCUGUGUUUCAAGUAAGAAUCUGGAAUUAGACUGAUAUGUAAAAUUUCGAAAAUGACGCUAAACAUCAAAUGCACUAAACUGCAAUACUUUGAGAGGUCUCUCUAGCUAAAAGCGUCUUGUGACAUUCAUCUAGGAAAGGUGUUAAUUAAUUCUUAUUUUGAUAUUUAUUCUGAAAGUCACCUUGAAUUAGUUGCUGAUGAUUUAAUAUCGGUAUUAUUUAAAGCGGAAUUUUCGUAGGUUGUAUGAGCAAACGCUUAUCGGAUACAUAUAAAAAUACGAAAUAAAACCAAAAAAAAGCAAAACAGAGAUAGCAGUGUCAGAGAAUAAAGUAUAAAAAAGCUCUAGGUCUGAGCUAGGAAAACGUUCAGUUUAUUAAAAUGUAUACCAUAUAUAAAGUGUAAACAUAUGUAGAUUAAUAUAAAUAAUUGAACCUCUCCGCAACCACAGACACUUUUUUGUUCUGGAAGAAAACGAUGUCUCCAAUGUAUCUUAUUCACAAUUUUUCAAACUCGUUAAUUUUACAAGUGAACACAAACGACUUCCGUUUGGCUCCGCCCUUGUACGAGAAGCUGACCGUGUGUGGAUUAUGGCAUAAUUAUAAAAAAGGAUUGCAGGUGACGCCCCCUGUGACGCUCAAUGUUUAGACGCCUUGAGGCAUUUAAAUAUUAUAUUAAUCAGACCACUUUGUUUAACUUAAAACGUCCCAUGGCAAGGUAAGAGAAAAAAAAUAUCGAUGAAAUUUGGAGCUAAACCUUCCGACGGAUUAAGCAGUCACCCCAGUGCAUUUGGGUACUGCCGGCAAGUGGAGGUUCGUCAUAAAUUAGCAUAAUCUUAAGCAGAAACAUCAACUUUAAAAAAAAAACAAACAAACAAUCGUGACUCGCGACGGGAGCGGUAUAACUGGUCCAUAACCACAGUCGUCACCUUUCAUCUUGGACUAUAUUUUCCCUCAUCAUACAUUUUCGAAAUAAAGUCAAACUACUGAAAUAAAUAAAUGGGUCAAACGCGAACUCUCGUCAGGAAAGACAAGGCCGCGGCUAUGAAGGCCCGUUCUGGUCAAAAUUGCAUGAUUAAUUUUUCCCUCUUGAUGAAUUAAUUUGAUGAGUACCUGCUAUUAAUAUUUUGUCUGUUUGUAAUUAUUUUUUCCUAUGCCUGUAAUUAUUUUCGUGUUCUUUUUAACUUUUCCAUGCGUCACAAUUAUUUUUUCCUCACCAGGAAUUAAUUUUUUUAUGUGCCGUCUUUAUUAUUACGCUUCUUUGAAAUUAUUUUUGUCCAUUACACAAAUUAUGUUACGGUUGCCGAUUAGUUUUUUGUCUGCUAUAAUAAUUUUUUUGGGAUAAUUAAUUGAUUUUGUCCUACGCAACUCAUAAUAUAAUGAUAAUUUAAUUUUUUCCAUUCGAGAAUUAUUUUUUUCUUAGUCAUAAUUAUUUUUUUGUAGUUUUGGCAAAUGUCCCAUACGCCUCUGCGGUAAUGCACCGGUUAUUCUUUCAUGUUACGCUUACGCCAAAUAGACCUACUGUUUCAUAUAACAGUAAUAGAAUGUCCAUUCUCCUGUAUACCCAUGUAUACCCUGUAUACCCUGUAUACCCAUGUAUACCCUGUAUACCCAUGUAUACCCUGUAUACCCAUGUAUACCCUGUAUACCUAUGUAUACCCUGUAUACCCUGUAUACCCAUGUAUACCCUGUAUACCCUGUGUACCCUGUAUAUCCCGUAUACUUACGUAUACCCUGUAUACCCUGUAUACCUAUGUAUACCCUGUAUACCCAUGUAUACCCUGUAUACCUAUGUAUACCCUGUAUACCCUGUAUACCUAUGUAUACCCUGUAUACCCUGUAUACCCAUGUAUACCCUGUAUACCCAUGUAUACCCUGUAUACCCAUGUAUACCCUGUAUACCCAUGUAUACCCUGUAUACCCAUGUAUACCCUGUAUACCCUGUAUACCCAUGUAUACCCUGUAUACCCAUGUAUACCCUGUAUACCCAUGUAUACCCUGUAUACCUAUGUAUACCCUGUAUACCCUGUAUACCCAUGUAUACCCUGUAUACCCUGUGUACCCUGUAUAUCCCGUAUACUUACGUAUACCCUGUAUACCCUGUAUACCUAUGUAUACCCUGCAUACCCAUGUAUACCCUGUAUACCUAUGUAUACCCUGUAUACCCUGUAUACCUAUGUAUACCCUGUAUACCCUGUAUACCCAUGUAUACCCUGUAUACCCAUGUAUACCCUGUAUACCCAUGUAUACCCUGUAUACCCAUGUAUACCCUGUAUACCUAUGUAUACCCUGUAUACCCUGUAUACCCAUGUAUACCCUGUGUACCCUGUGUACCCUGUAUACCCCGUAUACUUACGUAUACCCUGUAUACCUAUGUAUACCCUGUAUACCCUGUAUACCCUGUAUACGCAUGUAUACCCUGUAUACCUAUGUAUACCCUGUAUACCCUGUAUACCUAUGUAUACCCUGUAUACCCUGUAUACCCUGUAUACCCAUGUAUACCCUGUAUACCCAUGUAUACCCUGUAUACCUAUGUAUACCCUGUAUACCCUGUAUACCCAUGUAUACCCUGUAUACCUAUGUAUACCCUGUAUACCCUGUAUACCCAUGUAUACCGUGUAUACACUGUAUAUCCAUGUAUACACUGUAUACCCUGUGUGCCCGGUAUACCCUGUCUACCCUUUAGUAAAAAAAUCAUGUUUGAUAUACAAAAUAAAUCUUUUAUGUAAACAAUUUAAUAUUGAGAAUAAAUCAGUUACUUUAAAAAAAAAACCUUUCUGCUUUCCUACAGUUUGUCAGUACAUUUUAAAAACCACCAAGUGAAUCUGAUAAGUGCAAACAAAAAAACUAAACUUCUACUCCACCUAUACAAACGAAAAAAAGUACUCUGAAUUCAUUUAGCAUAUCAGGAAGCCUGAACAUAAACGCAUCGCCUUCAAAUUUAAGAUAGGAAAUCACAAAUCUGAAAGAUUUACAAUCCGCAAAACUCCCGAAGACCUAAGAAUUUGUGAUCACUGCAGUCUAAAUUGUUGAAAGUUAAAUACACCUAUUAUUUCAUUGGUCCUUAAAAAGUCUCUUUUCACUAAAAUGAAUGACGAAAUACGUUAUUUACAAAUUAAAAUACUAAUGAUAAAAUCUGUUUUCUUUUUAAUAUUAAUACUGAUUCGUACAUGCGCAAGCUUACUGCUACCUUCGUCUUCCAAGCAUUUGAGAGACGAAAGAAGAAUAAUGAUAAUAAUAAUCGAUAAAUUAUCCUUUUUGAUCCUCUUGGACAACAUCCGGCUUUUCGCGCCAAAAAAAGAAAAUUGUACUGUCAUUUGUGCGCUGAAGAUGGAAGAUGUUCUUUGCUAUCAAGGGGAAGCGUCAAUGAAUGGAAUAAUGCAACAUGAGGAGCCGCAUAAAGUCCCUUUACUAAUUACGCUGAGUGACGGUUGCUAUGCUCAAUUUCCUGUUAUAAUUUUACCUCCGAUCUCGUGCAGGCUAGCAGGGGUCAGACUGGCUGUCAUCGAUAGGGAUUUUCACAGAGGCGAUGAAACAAUCCUAAAUUUCGCAACUGUCUGGUAAUAUGGUUAAAACAGUAUUAGCCGGGGUAAAUAUAGUCGAGCGCGGUCUAUUCAACUAUUCUCCGGAUCCGAUCAUCCCAAUCAAGCCAUCAUUGUAUGGAGUAUAUGUGAAUUUUUUUUUAGGGUAUCCCGGUCGAGAAUUUCUGUGUUGAUUCAAACUCAUUUCCCUUAGAAGCUUGUUGGUAUUUGAAAGAAAAUUUUAACAGAUCGAACAGGUUAGCAGAGUUCCAAACUGAGAUGGCCAGCCUUCCUUCGUCACAUUGGUUCACUUUCAGAAGCGAGGCCAUUUCAGCCUUAAAUCAGUAGGUUUACCUUGCGACACAUUAAUUCUGUUUUUUUUUAUGACUUGCUUAAUCGUAAGACACCUUGAAGGUAAGGACAAUGUUCGAUCUUUUUCCUUUAAUUUAUUUAUUUCUGCCUCGAAUAUAUCCGCGCCAAAACCUCCUAAAUGCCCGCCAAAUUUAAUGUGGCGCGCUCGGGAGUGAUCGUACAGUGUUUAGGAAGAAACAGGCCCAGCACAACUUCCACUGGAGGCACUUUUGUGUUACUGCAAGAAGUACCCUUAUAAAGAAGUCGAAAAGCUUUUCUAUUAUUAAUUUCGUGCUACAUUUUCUGGAUAAACAAUGGAAUGUGUUGAAAAUUGUAGACAUCCGUGUUUCAUAAUCCACGUACACACUUAGCGGCCAAAUUGCUACAUAUUUUAUCUUUUUACCGCUGUUUUGCUUGUUGCCGAAGUUUAAAUGCUACAUCAUGAUCCAGUGCGAUUUAUUGUUGUCGUUACACGCUCAGAUCUUUAAUUUGUUUGAAUUAAUGAGAAAAUUAUCUUGUAGUCUGUAAUUAUGCGUAGUAUUGCAUUGUUGAAUGCGUUCACUGCCUAUGAAAACAAUCGUUUUCCUAGUAGUAUAUCGGAUAGGCCAACUGACUCCCACUGGUGGCAAAUUGUGCUACAAAACCAUAAAUAAGGGAUAUUCGAAGUAUAAACCUCACAAAAGCUUUUGAUUUUGAUCAACAACGAAAUGAGUGACUAAAACGCGUUAAAAAUAACACAUGCUCGUGUUACAGAGAGGGGGUUGAGUGUUGCUCGUUAUUUGUAAGUCUCUGAAUCUUAGCAGCUUUCUUUUUCUUUUCUAUAAUUUUUACCGGGGAAUCGAAAUGAAUUUUAGUUGAUUGGUUGCGUCCAUCGCGGUUCCCCCCCUAUUUGUUUUUCAAAAAAAAAAAAAAACACCAUUGCAAGAACCUGUACGUUCUCUAUUAUUUUUCAUUAACAGCCAGAGAGCUUUAAUUCACCGAAACUAAAACAGAUUCAUAAAAUGUACAUGGUUCAGGGUAUUCUGUACGUGCCUUUUAUGUUGGGUGUGUCGCCUGAUUAAAAGCGAGCGAUCGGGUGAGUCGCCUUCGCUUAGUGCAAGAAGACUUUGUACAACAUGUAUAUUUAAUGAAUCUUUCUGUAAAGAACGAGGCGGCCUAGAAAGCUUGAAAAAUAGUUUUUGAAACGUCUUGCCAAAUAUGUUUUUAUUUUGUUUGGGGAUUGCUAAAAUUGCGUUUCAACUAGACGCUGUAAAAUUCGCAAUUGAACUUAUUCUUCGGAUUCAAAACAAUGACCAAAGUUCCGUCUGCACGUGCUCUUUUGGGUGAGUCGCCUGAAAAAGCAAGCGAUCGGGUGUGUCGCCUUCGCUUAGUGCAAGAGAACUUGGUUUUUAUUGGUUAUGGCUCGCAAGUCCGUUUUGAACGAAAUAAAUGGUUUCAGUCAUAAUUAAUGAACAUCAUAUAGGUGACCUUACAAGUUUGUAUUAUAAGAAAAAUAUAAGAGCCUUUUUACGCCGCGAACAGGAUGAAAUAGAAAACUUCACCGGCCUUUUCUCCAAAAAAGGGAAUAGUCCCGCUUUAAAUUCUGCUCCCCAGAAAAAGCUACAAUGAAAAUUAUUUAAAUUUAUAGUUUAAAUUCAAUCAAAUUUAUUUAAAUCGCUGCACUUCGUUCAUUUGUGGUAAAUAAAUGCAUAUUGAUUCUGAGGUAUCCCCGGUUAGAUAAUUUGUGCAAAACUCCUCUACACCGCCACAAGUUUUCCGAGUGGUGCGCUGUUUCGGAGUGAUUUUUAUUUCACCAGGUUCUUUUCUUUAGUUGUGUUCGUCUCAUCAGCUCAGCUUUAUUAUUUCUGUAGUGUCUGCUAAAAUGAUCCAUUGAAAGAUAUGUCGAAUAAAGCUUCAGUAGGAGGUCACGAAAGGAGAUUCGCAUUUCACCUCAAGUAUGGUUUCAAGCUGUCAACGGUCUAUGCUUGGCUGAAUUUAAACAAUGGCUUCCUGGUCAGAUGGGGGACAAAUUUUCCCCCAUAUUUCGGUCGCUAAGGCUUGCGGCUCGCCAUGAAAAGACAGAUCAAAUCCCCGAAUGUUGUUCGACGUUGAAAGUCCAGUGUUGCUUGUUAGCAAAGUAUAUAAAUGUGAGCAUGGUCAUGAUAUACCCGCAAGCUAUUUCCACGACACCUCAGAGGAUUAUACGUGCGUGCCAUUUGUUCUCACACACCGAUCUGGUAUGACUAUGCGGCUGGCAGAUGAAAUUGAAGAUUUAUUAGAUAGAGGAUUGGCAAUAUCGGCUGUUAAAGAGCUCAUAAAAGAAAGGUACAAAAGAACAUUAAGAAACAGGUUGCUCCGAUUUCUAAAUGACGCGCACCAAGCGAAAGAAUUGGGGUUCACACAGUCAGCUGAGGAGUUAAAUUUUGACGUUCCUGGGAACCUUUUUCCCUGCCCAGGUGACAACUUGAUAAGAAGCGUUUAUCCAAUCGGGAACGUUUUCAGGUCCGCUAGGCGAUCUUAUACCUCUAGCAAUCGCAAACGUUAUUCAAAUACCUUUAUUUGUCUUAAAUCCAAGUUUUUUGACUCCUUUUGUGAUGAUUUCUCCUGAAGGGAUGGUGCCAGCCUCAGACGUCGUCUACCUCGCGUAUAAUGCAAGUGGUCCAGGACACUAUGAUGCGCUAAUUAUCUCCCAACGUGAUCAGCAGGAGCGAUUCACUUCUGAAACAAACAGCAAUCUCGAUGCUCUCGAGAGUCAGUCCACGCUUUCCACGGAGAAAGUGCCAAUCUCAACUCCAAGAAAACCAUGUCGAUGCGGAGAAAAAAAUAAAUACAAAUCAAAAGCAAAAGCGUCAAGGAGCUACAAAGGCAGGUGCAAGUGCAUCAACGAAUACGGUACCUGUAGGAGCGCAUGCAGUUGUUGUGGAUGGUGCCAAGGCAAACAAUGUGGGGGAAACCAAAGGCUUCCUCGAGACAAAAAAUGUAGAACACCGAGAAAGCGAAGUAAAAAAUACAGGCAUACCGUGAAAGCGAAACGAUCAAGACUUUCACUGGAAGAAAAUGACGAAAAAAUCAAAGAUCCUGGAUUGAAUGAGCUCGAGUUCUUUGUCAUGCAUGCUAUUAUCCAGCAUGUCAACUCAAAGAAUGAUGUCAAAAAUGACAACAGUCAUUUUUGUGACAUGUUUAGCAAAAUAGUCAAAGUCGUAAAUAGUUUCGCUUUUCUAAUGGUUCUUCCCAUAUUUCACCAUUCCUUACAGGUGCUUUACGAUGAAAAAAGAAAGUAUGAUAAGCUAAGGAAACGUUAGAUCCUAUAUAGUAUGAGGCUCUGUACCGUGCAUGGACGUAAUAGUAAGAGAACACCAUAUGAUCGAUAAUGAGAACCGUAUAAUUUUAUGCAAAGAAUAUCAAUAUAGUGUGCUUACUCUCACCAGAUCUAUAUGAGAUUCCAAAGAGAUUCUUAUCUCAUAGUUGUUAAAUUCGCUGUAAAGUUUUAUUUAUCUUUUGAACGCGAACCUGGGAAAUGUUACGUUGUAAUAUUUGUAUAAGUUAUAGUGUUCACACCUUUCUUGUAACUAAACCAAUACCUCCCUUUGCAGAGUACUAUACUGUUUUGAGGUCUAUGUAAGUUAUGUAUGUUUUAUGUAAUUUGUAUCCUUCAAAGUCAAACCCUGUUUCCUCUUUUGAUGUCCAAACCACCCCUGCGGAGAAAUUUUAAGAGUUAUAAGAAGUUGAUAUUAUGCAGUAAACAUCUAAAGUCGGUGGCCUUGGUAAAUCACAAUAAAUUGAGCGAUGAAGUUAUUGUGUAUUACCUAAUUGUUUAUCAGUUUAGCCUACUUCGGAAUUUACAUUGCCUUAGCCAAUAAUGUAACGCCGGACCAAAUAAUGAGUAAUUAAAAUAAUAAGUAAUUAAAAGUUUCAUCUGAUGAGGAUAAAGGCUGUCCUUAAUCAAAAAUGCGAAAACUGUGUACUUAGCAAUGGUUGAAUGAGCUCAUUCAGGCAAUUUCUUUCGGACUCAAAGGGGAGUUAGGCAAGCCUGUCCCCUUUCCCCAUAUUUGUUUAUUCUUGCUGCGGAGAUCUUGGCCAAGACCGUCCCAAACAACAAGGGCAUAACAGGUUUUUCUCUGGGUAAUGGCGAAGUUAAGAUAAGCCAACACGCUGAUGAUACCACUCUUGUCUUAGACGAUUGAGAGAAAUCCCUUAUACCAGCAAUACAAAGUUAAGAUGAUUUUUGUCAGAUCUCCGGCCUCAAGUUAAACGAUAGCACAACGGAAGCCCUUUGGAUCGGUUCUAAGACAGCACAUGAACAAAUCCUUGUUUCAGGAAAGAAGUUUAAAUGGCCAAAAUAUAAAGUCAAACACUUGGUCUGUGGCUGUCAACAGCUGUCAACCGAUCCGGACAUGGCUUUGACGUUGAAUUACAACGAAAAAACUGAAAACAUUAGGAAGCUUUUGAGUUGCUGGAAAUAUUGCAGGCUCGCGUUGUUAGGGAAAAUUACUGUCCUUAACUCACUGACCGCAUCACAACUGGUAUACUUGCUCUUCCCUUUUACGCUCAAAUCAUUACGCUACAAAGGAAAUAAAUGACAUGUUUUACCAUUUUCUAUAGAAUGGUGAAGGUGACAAAAUCAAGAGAAAAGUUAUGAUCAAUGAACCUGAGUAUGGAGGUCUGAAGAUGAUUGACCUUUAUCCUUUCAACAAAUGUCUUAAAACAACAUGGGUUAAAAAGUACUUGGACGCUACUUAAAACGGAAAAUGGAACGUUAUCUUUGAUCUAUAACUGGAGAACUACGGCCGCGAUCUCAUUUUCCGUGGUAAUCUCAACCGUUGAGACUCAACGUCUCUGACACUAUGAAAGAGAUUAGGGCAACGGACCCCGUAACUAAAGAAAAAUUGGAAUAUUGGAAAGAAAUAAACUUUGUGGAUAAAGUAAGUUCUGAUAUCGCUUGUCAAGAACAGGUUCUGUGGUUCAACUCUUUGAUAAGGAUAGAUAAUGAAAAAUUUCUUUUUUAAAGAGUGGUUUGAAAUAAGUAUCUCCAAAGUUAAACACGUCCAAACGGGAAACGAUAAUUUUCUGACUCUCAAAGAUUUUGCCUCCAAACAUGAUUUAAGAGUACGCCCGCUCAGUUUUUACGGUUUACUAUCAGCUGUUCAACGAAUUCGCAAAAAUGUUACCGAUACUGCUGAGACAAAAGACUAUAACUUUGAAACACUGAGUGAAAACUGAAUUGUUAAAAGAGAAAAGCUAGGUCCAUUAAUUUACCAAAAGCUGACCAGAGCCAAUAGUUUAACCGCACGUAAAAGCCAACUAAAAUGACUUCAAGACUGUAACUACUCAGACGAAGAAGGAACUUUUAACUAAGAACUUGCCUAUUUUAUGGCGCAAAGUACGGUGCACAAAAAGCACCAAACUGAGUUCCAAUUUAUACUAUCACAUAGGCGCAUACCAACCAAUGAUUUCUGACUUAAAAUAGGACGAAAAGAAAAUGACAUAUAUGCCUUUUGCAACAAUUCCUCAGACACGCUAAUUCAUCUUUUUUGGUCUCGCCAUGUUACAUGAGUAUACAGGGUAUAAAGGGUAUACAUGGGUAUACAGGGUAUACAUGAGUAUACAGGGUAUACAACAACAACAACAACAACAAGUUUAUUCAGUAUUACCAUUUUGUACAGGUGUUACCGAUUAAAAUAACAAUAAUAAACAGCUAAGUUUAAGGAAAUACAGGUAUGAUGGAAUAGUAGAGUUAACUAUGUUUCUUUCGUCUUUCAAAUGCUUGAAAGAUGAAAUUAGCAGCUAGCCUGCUGAUAUGUGAAUCAGUAUUGUUAAAAAGAAAACAGACUUUAUCAUGGAUAUUGUAGUGCGUAAAUAAUGUAUUUCGGUCGUUGAUUUUAAUAAAAAGAGUCUUUCUCAAAUCAUUGUAUUGAUCACAGUGAAAUAAUAUGUGCAGUUCAUUUUCAACCGAAUUUUGGCUGCAAUGAUCACAGAUUCUAAGGUCUUCAGGAGUUUUGGGGAUUGUAAAUCUUCCAGUUUCUAUUUUUAAAUUAUGAUUUCCUAUCCUAAAUUUGGAAGCUACACGCCUAUGUUCAGGAUUCCGGAUAUGAUUGAUGAAUUCAGAGUGAUUUGUUUCAUUUUUAAAGAUGGAGUAGAAUUUUAGUUUUUUAUUUGUUCUGAUCAAAUUUAGCUGGUGGUUUUUCAGAUGUUUUGACAAAGUAUUCUCAGCUUUGGAUAGGAAAGUAGAAGGGUUUUUAAAGUUAACUGACUGUUUGUGAAUAUUAAGUUGUGUACUCAAAAGAUUUAUUUUAUUUAUUAGACCUGAUUUAUUUUCUUCGGCCAUUUUAUCCGAUAUGUUUAAGCAGAGUUUAGCGAUGCUGUCAGGGGGUUGAUUUUCAAGGUGAAUCCAAAAUUUGAAAAUGUUCAUUGUUAUUUGUAAAUUUAGAGAUAAUCUACCAAGCUCAUUUCUCGAUGCAACAUUCGGUGAACGUUUGUUUAAACCUAAACACAUCUUACAAAAAUGUAUAUGCGUUUUCUCAAUCAAGUCUUUAUCCCAGCGGCUAUAAUCACUUUUAUCAUAGAUUCCCCAAACUUCAGAGCAAUACGUUAAAAUUGGGAAAAAUAGUGUAUUGAACAGUUUGUUGAUGAUGUGAAUUGGUAAUUUUAGAAAAUCUAGAUAACGACGAGCGGCAAAAAGGAUCUCUUUUUUUUUCUGUUAAGUUUUCCUUGUGAUUUGUAAAAUUUCCAUUGGCUGAAAAUUUCACUCCAAGAUAGGUAUAGUUAUUGACGAUUUCAAUGUUUUCAUUGUUAACCAUAAAAUUGUGUUUAUCUAUUGCUGAUUUUCUACUUUUCUUUUGAAAUACAAUAACUUUGGUUUUAGUUGGAUUAAUCUUAAGAAGCCAAUCCUGACAAUAUUUUGAUAGUCUGUCAAGACUUUGUUGCAAACCUUCUGCCGAGGUAGAUAUUAGAAGUAAGUCAUCGGCAUAAAGUAGACAGUUGAAGUGAGAACCAUCUGGUAGUAAGAUAGAAUCUUUAGCAUUGUUAUUUAGAAUGAGGGGUAGUUCGUUUAGAUAAAGGUUAAAUAGAAGCGGCGACAGAAUACAGCCUUGUCGUACACCUUUAUCAUAGUUGAAAAAUUCUGAUCGAGUAUAAUUGUCUUUCACACAACAUAUUGAAUUUGAAUACAUGCUGGAAAUUAUUUUGUAAAAGGAGCCACCUAUGUUAUAUUUCAACAGUUUGUAUAGUAAACCUUGGUGCCAAAUUGAGUCAAAUGCCUUUUUAAAAUCAACAAAACAAGUAUAAAGUUUACCUCUGGGGGAGUGGGUAACAUGUUGGUCUAUUAAUGUUCUUAAACUAAAGAUAUGUUCAGACGCACGAUGUCCGGGCACAAAGCCAAUUUGGGAGCGAUGAAGUAUUUUAUUAUUGUUUGAAAAGUUUAAUAAUCUCGUAUUUAAAAUAGAACAAAAGACUUUGCCAAGACAACUAUUAAUGCAAAUACCUCUGUAAUUUGAAGGGUCAUCUUUGUUUCCAGAUUUAUGUAAGGCAGUGAUUAUUCCAUUACUCCAUGAUGUAGGAAAUGUUCCAGAUUGUAGAAUCAGAUUAAAAAGUUUCUCAAGUGGAUAUUUUAUAAAGCUUGAGCUUGUUUUAAUCAUUUCAUUGCGUAUUCCAUCAAGUCCAGCGGCCUUCUUGUUUUUUAGUUUUUUAAUUGCUUUAUCAAUCUCUUCAAUGGAUAUUGGGUUGUCUAAUUCCGAUUGUAAAUGGUUGCUGUCCUCCAAACGCUUUUUAUCGUUUAACAUGUGUAUUUGAAAUGCCGAUAAUGUAUUAGGAUCAGGUGCUGAGUGUAGCAUUUUAAAAUGAUCAUAAAGUUUAUUGGUCGGGUUUUCGUUAUUAUUAUAAGACAAGAUGUUUUCGUUCAUUGACUUUAGGGUAUCCCAAAAUUUGCGGUUAUUUUCGUUACUAAUCAGCUCAUUUAUUUGUAUACAGGGUAUACAAGGUAUACAGGGUAUACAGGGUAUACUGGGAGUACAUGGGUAUACAUGGGUAUACAGGGUAUACAGGAUAUACAAGGUAUACAAGGUAUACAUGGGUAUACACGGUAUACAUGGGUAUACAGGGUAUACUGGGAGUACAUGGGUAUACAGGGGUAUACAGGGUAUACAGGGUAUACAAGGUAUACAAGGUAUACAGGGUAUACAGGGUAUACAUGGGUAUACAGGGUAUACAGGGUAUACAAGGUAUACAGGGUAUACAUGGGUAUACAGGGUAUACAGGGUAUACAUGGGUAUACAGGGGUGUACAGGGUAUACAGGGUAUACAAGGUGUACAUGGGUAUGCAGGGUAUACAGGGUAUACAGGGUAUACAAGGUAUACAUGGGUAUACAGGGUAUACAAGGUAUACAUGAGUAUACAGGGUAUACAUGAGUAUACAAGGUAUACAUGGGUAUACAGGGUAUACAUGGGUAUACAGGGGUAUACAGGGUAUACAGGGUAUACAGGGUAUACAGGGUAUACAAGGUGUACAUGGGUAUACAGGGUAUACAGGGUAUACAGGGUAUACAAGGUAUACAUGGGUAUACAGGGUAUACAAGGUAUACAUGAGUAUACAGGGUAUACAUGAGUAUACAAGGUAUGCAUGGGUAUACAGGGUAUACAGGGUAUACAAGGUAUACAAGGUAUACAUGGGUAUACAGGGUAUACAUGGGUAUACAGGGUAUACUGGGAGUACAUGGGUAUACAUGGGUAUACAGGGGUAUACAGGGUAUACAGGGUAUACAGGGUAUACAAGGUGUACAUGGGUAUACAGGGUAUACAGGGUAUACAGGGUAUACAAGGUGUACAUUGGUAUGCAGGGUAUACAGGGUAUACAGGGUAUACAAGGUAUACAUGGGUAUACAGGGUAUACAAGGUAUACAUGAGUAUACAGGGUAUACAUGAGUAUACAAGGUAUACAUGGGUAUACAGGGUAUACAAGGUAUACAAGGUAUACAUGGGUAUACAGGGUAUACUGGGAGUACAUGGGUAUACAGGGGUAUACAGGGAAUACAGGGUAUACAGGGUAUACAAGGUAUACAAGGUAUACAAGGUAUACAGUGUAUACAGGGUAUACAUGGGUAUAGAGGGUAUACAUAAGUAUACAGGGUAUACAUGGGUAUACAGGGGUAUACAGGGUAUACAGGGUAUACAUGGGUAUACAGGGUAUACAGGGUAUACAGGGUAUACUAGGAGUACAUGGGUAUACAUGGGUAUACAAGGUAUACACGGUAUACAUGGGUAUACAGGGUAUACAUGGGUAUACAGGGUAUACAGGGUAUACAGGGUAUACUGGGAGUACAUGGGUAUACAUGGGUAUACAGGGUAUACAGGGUAUACUGGGAGUACAUGGGUAUACAUGGGUAUACAGGGUAUACAGGGUAUACAAGGUAUACAAGGUAUACAUGGGUAUACAGGGUAUACAGGGUAUACAUGGGUAUACAGGAGAAUGGACAUUCUAUUACUGUUAUAUGAAACAGUAGGUCUAUUUGGCGUAAGCGUAACAUGAAAGAAUAACCGGUGCAUUACCGCAGAGGCGUAUGGGACAUUUGCCAAAACUACAAAAAAAUAAUUAUGACUAAGAAAAAAAUAAUUCUCGAAUGGAAAAAAUUAAAUAUCAUUAUAUUAUGAGUUGCGUAGGACAAAAUCAAUUAAUUAUCCAAAAAAAAUUAUUAUAGCAGACAAAAAACUAAUCGGCAACCGUAACAUAAUUUGUGUAAUGGACAAAAAUAAUUUCAAAGAAGCGUAAUAAUAAAGACGGCACAUAAAAAAAUUAAUUCCUGGUGAGGAAAAAAUAAUUGUGACGCAUGGAAAAGUUAAAAAGAACACGAAAAUAAUUACAGGCAUAGGAAAAAAUAAUUACAAACAGACAAAAUAUUAAUAGCAGGUACUCAUCAAAUUAAUUCAUCAAGAGGGAAAAAUUAAUCAUGCAAUUUUGACCAGAACGGGCCUUCAUACGCGGCCGCUUUCCCUGAAUAGUGGUUAAUUUGCAAUUUUUUUCUACAGUUAUCAGUGUGGACAUUAAUUACUGAACAGCGCUCUUAAACUUACCAUCCUAGGCGUUUUUUUUUUUCGAGGAAGCGCAAAUGUCGGUGGGCUUCUAAAACUAAAAAGGAAUGAAUGGCCGCCUAAUUAGUUAUGUUCACAGCUCCUUUCUAAUAUAUAUGUUGUAGUUAAUUUUUGUAAUUUUUAUUUUUCCUUUUUUUCAACUUCGUUAGCAUACAUUAUCAUACCCAAAAACAAAAGAAAAACAAAAAUUGCCUGAGAUUUAAAAAAUUAACUACAACAUAUAUCCAUUGAAUACAUUAGAUUGUGAGAAGAGAGAGCACAAUGCGCGGAUGACAGUGAUCGAGGGGCCUAAAAAAUUAGCGAGUUCACGCAACAGGAGAUCAGAAAGCCGAAGAGAGCGGUAAAACGCUUUUUUGUGACAAACGUGACUGGGCUAUUACAACAGGUGCUUUAUUAACUGCGUGUUUUGUCGUGAUCUUCACUUAAUUGGAAUAUUACUGUGUUCAGGUCUUUUCGAAAAACAUCUGUUUAAAGGAAGAGGAAGUUUGGCGCAAAAUUUUUUCAGAACAUAUAGUUAUUGUUGCUGUCAUCUUACGCUACGAUGUUUUUACAACUGUGGUCGAAGAAAUAAAGUUGCGCUCUCUUGAAAACUGCCUUGAGUUUUGUCGAAAAGAUUGUCGCGAGCGAAGUGUUAGCGAGCUGCUUGUGUCGUCACUGUUACUACAUCUACAGCUAAUAAUGUUAUUUAUCAUUAAGUCAUUUUCUCCUAACGUAAACGAGAGAGGGGGAUAAGGCAAAAGCUAGUGUCUUUUGUCUUUUUAUACUAAUUUUGUUUUCGUUUUUAGCCAAAACCCGUUGGUGCUUUUUGAUCCCGUCUCUUUUUUGGAUAAACUCAAAGGUCUUUUGCGGAAGAGAAACUUCCCCUCAUCUCCAAAGUUUCUCUAGCCUGUUCCCAAAGGUUGCUUUCUUUUUCAAGAUCUACGAGCUCGCUGUUUUUAUUUUCAUUCGCGCGCUCGAUGAUCUCGAGGAUCUGUGAACUGGCUACUUUCCGGCUUGCAAAUUAAAUGAAGGGUUGUUUUCCUCCACAAAAGGUGCGACCAUGUGGAUAAGAAGUGGAUUGAUCGGGGGUUCAUUGAGCUCCGAAGGGAACCCCCGAUACUUUCCACUUUUACGUGUUCUAUUCAUACAUAUACAUUAUACUGACGAAGCCUAUACGCCAGGUGCAUUGUGUUUAUUAAGUCUAAUGGUUCUUCAAUAUUAUUUUAAAGUUCGCGGCACCAACUAAUAACAUGCUUCUCAAGUGAGUGGUUUUGAAAAGCGUAUUGUUAUUUAUACCUGUGCUUAAAACAAUAGCUCGCUCGCCUUAAGUACGAUAAGUUUUAAAAAGUUUAAACGUAUUCUGCUUAUAAGGAAAGAAAUUCUGUCGGUGGAUUUUGUUACUGGCUUCCAAAAAUCAUGCAUAAAGUCAGCUUCUAUACAAAAAAUUCCCUCUCAGUUUAGCAAUUUUCAAAUGCAGAGAAACAGUCCUUCUGCUAAGUAAAAUGCAAAUCUUUUGUGCUUAAAUCGUACAUAAAUCAUUCAUUUUCAACAUUUCAUCAGUGAAUUUGUCAGUUUGGAGCUAACGAAGUCGCACGAAUGAGAUUUAUCAACGCUGGUGGUUGAAAAGAGGCGCUUUCUUCUCUUAUUCGGAGCUUAUUCAAAGCGCUGGUGCAUUUGAAUUUGCCGCUUCGGCGGUCAUAAAAAACUCUGACGAUAUCCACUCAUUCUGCCGUGCGCGAUGCAUUUGUUUCUGCAGGCCACAGUGGAUACAUCGAAUGAUUAUGAGAAUGAGUCAAAAGGGAUGUCGGAUUCACUUUCAAACACUAACUCUAAAUCAUCAGCAAUAAACUCCUUGCUGGUUUGGAAGUUUUAAAUACUCGGAUCGUCCACGUCAGUAAAGUACUCGUUUUUCCCCUCAACUUCUUUUGAUUUUUUGAACGUUUUCUUAUCCUCAAAUAGUGGAUACCUCUUGGCGAGUAGAAGCGGAGCUUCUCUGGCCAUUUCGUGAACCAGCGUAACUUUCGUUUUCAUUCUCAUCAAUACCACAAUCUUUGAAUUGCGUCGUUUCUCUUCGUUAAAAAGAAGUCCUCUUUCUCUCGUGGCCCUAUCAGACGACUGAGCUUUUUGUGAUCAAUUAAGGUGGCUCGACCCAGUAUUUCUGUAGGUACACCUUCCAUCGUUGAAUCUCUUUGACUUAAACAAAUAUAUCUUUAUUGUAAAGCCGUUAUAACACAUGUACAGUAAUAGCCCGCGUAUAAGAACCUGAAUUUUUCAAUUUAGCCUAAAUAGGUUCUUAUAUAAAUGGUACUUAAAGCAAAUUUAGGCUACCGAGGUUCUUAAAAUAGGUUCUUAUAUUUUCAUAUGAAUUUCAUCUGUAUAUACUAUAUAUAUUGUAAAUAUCAUCUCAUAAUACAUUAUAAAUCAUUUAUUUGUACCAUAGAGCAAUGCCUAUAGGCGGUUCAGUGCAGGUACAGCAUAUGUCCUUAACAAAACAUAACAAAGAAACUCAUGUUGAUACCAAAUUCAUAACAAGCUCAAGCAAUGAGGAGAAGUGAAAAACGAAAUAGAUGAUGAUCUUAAUUCAGUAGUUUCUACCUAUACACUUUUACAGCAACCCCACUGAUAAGAACCUAACUUAAAUUUUUAGCCUAAAUAGGUUCUUAUGUGGAGGGGGCUUACAAUGAAAAUUUUAGCCUAACAGGUUCUUAAAACCCAGGUUCUUAUACGCGGGCUAUUACUGUAUUACACAUAGACUAAACUUUAUUAUGACUUUAUUAUUAUUUGUCCGUACAGAGGUCCGACGACUAUGCCAUGCUGAUGACUGAUGAGCCCCAAUUUGAGGGCGAAACAGCUGUCCAUGGCUGCCACUGCCCGGGUGUUAUGGCUGUACGCAUGCGGGAGGUACUGGCCAGGCCGUACGUAUCGUACUAUAGGUCAAUGGUAGCAACAAUUAUAUGCUACUGAACAAUCUUUUGCUAUUCCUCCGAAUACAAACCGACAAUAUGGUUAAAACAUUUAAUUUCUUUUAUCCACCUUCUCUACGCUGCUUUGUCCUUGGUGGCAAAUUACAUGAUCACUGUGAAUAAUUAGGAAAUUCAUUUUUCCCAUACAAUAGCUGCAUCAAGAGAAUACCGACGAAACCCGCAGGCUAAGAUCCUUGAAACUGAAAGUAAGUCACGCUCUAGUUGCUGAAAACAACUAUCGAAGCAACACCUGUCCUAUCCCGGACUUGGCAAGACUUUCCUUGAGAAGAAAGAAGCUGUUCAAAAAACACAAGGCACGGAACUGGCAGAGAUAUAUAAAAGAAUCCAUUGGAGUUCUCUUCCGUUCGUCGUUUCUUGGUAGACGACUUUUUAAAUGCCGAACCAGAACUUGACAAAUCAUCCUGCAUUCUCUCUUGAAUGCUUCAAUCUGGACAUUAAUUUAGAGACAACAAAAACACUGCUCGUCGCGCACAUUUUAACAUCGAUCAUCAACUUUCUUUCAUCUCUUUCGGCUGUGAUUGGUAAUGCAGCCAUAAUUUUCGCGGUAUGGAAGACCCUGGCUCUUCAAACGCCUUCGAACAUUUUUCUCUGUUGUUUGGCGUUCAGUGACUUUACCGUUGGCCUGCUCGCUCAACCUGCUUUUGUCGUCCACAAAAUCGGCGAAAUCUUCAAGAUUUUCAACAUAUACUGCACGACCAGGAUUCUCUUAGAAUCCCUCGGGUUUCUAACGGCUGGAGCUUCGGUUUGUACUAUGACAGGCAUUGCUAUCGAAAGAUAUCUAGCACUCUACCUACAUUUGCGUUACAGGCAAGUGAUUACCACAAAGCGGAUACUUGGUGUUGUUGUGUUGAUUUGGGCCUUUUAUAUUUUGUUUGCCGCGUCUAGGUUCUGGAUAGCAAAUGACAGCAUUUUUAACAAUAUCUUUAUUUCACUAAUACUUGCUAACUUAGUUUUAUCAUUCCUGGCCUACGCUAAGGUUUUUAAGUACGUUAAGCGACACGAGAAUCAGAUAAAAGAGCAAAACACAGGUCGCCCAGAGUUUGGUGCGGUAAAUCACCGUUUACUCAGGAUGAAACGUUACAAGAAGUCUACCCUGACAAUGUUAUACAUCAUUGGAAUCUUCAUUAUCUGCUAUAUACCUUUACUUUGCGUCAGAAUUCUUUACAGGACGGAAGGCUAUACCGCAAAUGUAAAGACAGCUAAUCUUUAUACCACCACAAUCGUGUUCCUGAACAGUUCAUUGAACCCAAUGGUUUAUUGCUGGCGUAUUUCUGAUAUCCGUAGUGCAGUCAAAGAAAUCUGUUUGCGC